AUGAGUACUGGUUCAUUAUCUUCUGCGGGUCGAGAAACCAAGGACAUUAACUCCCAGUAUGAGCUUACAGAUUCAUCAGAAAAUAAUGAAAUACACGAAUAUGAAGGUUUCGAUAAUACAGCAACGGGCGACAUCAGGGAGUUAGCAAGAACAGUGUCCCAUAUUAGUAGGGAACAAACUAACAAGACAAGCGAUAGUGAGGAUAUAGUGCGUUAUUUGUCACAUUUUUCCAGUAUUCCUGGGGUUGAACCUUAUACAGAAGCUGAAGAUACAUUAAAUCCGGAUAGUGAUCUGUUCGACGCUAGACUCUGGGUUAAAAAUCUAAGAAAAUUACAUGAUUCAGAUGUCGAGUACUUUAAACCAUCAUCAUUAGGGGUAGCUUACAGAAAUUUGAGGGCUUGUGGGGUUGCCGCUGAUUCCGACUAUCAGCCUACUGUAUUGAAUGGAAUAACAAAGUAUCUUACGGAUGGGUUUAGAUAUUUGCAAAAAGAUGAUCCUUCUCGUUACUUUGAUAUAUUAAAGAGCAUGGAUGGUAUCAUGAGACCCGGUGAAGUCACUGUGGUGUUAGGUAGGCCAGGUUCUGGCUGCUCCACUUUGUUGAAGACAAUUGCCUCUCACACAUACGGGUUCAAAAUUGGCGAAGAAUCCAAGAUUUCGUACGAUGGCUUAACUCCAAAAGAUAUAGAAAAUCAGUUCAGAGGCGAUGUUGUGUAUUCUGCUGAGACCGAUACCCAUUUCCCUCACUUGACAGUGGGAGAUACCUUAGAAUUCGCAGCUAAAAUGAGAACACCGCAAAACAGAGGUAACGUUGAUAGAGAGACUUACGCCAAGCAUAUGGCGUCAGUGUACAUGGCUACAUAUGGUUUAUCACAUACCAGAAACACCAAUGUCGGGGAUGAUUUCGUGAGAGGUGUUUCCGGUGGUGAACGUAAGAGAGUUUCCAUUGCCGAAGUCUCGUUGUGUGGAUCUAACAUUCAAUGUUGGGAUAACGCUACUCGUGGUUUAGAUUCGGCGACUGCAUUAGAAUUUAUUAGAGCAUUAAAGACAUCAGCUACGAUUUUAGAUGCUACGCCAUUAAUUGCUAUUUACCAAUGUUCUCAAGAUGCCUACGAUUUAUUUGACAAUGUUGUUGUUUUGUACGAAGGACACCAAAUCUUCUUCGGUAAGGCAGAUGAGGCUAAGGAAUAUUUCAUUAAUAUGGGAUGGGAAUGUCCACAAAGACAAACUACAGCCGAUUUCUUAACAUCGUUAACUAACCCAGCUGAAAGGGUUCCAAGACCAGGAUUUGAAAACAGUGUUCCUUAUACUCCCAAAGAAUUCGAAACCCACUGGAAAAAUUCACCACAAUAUAAGAAAUUGGUUGAGGAUGUUGAAGAAUAUUUCCAGAAGACUGAUAGUGGUAACCACGGAGAAGAGUAUCACAAAGCACACGUUGCAAGGCAAUCUAAUCACAUUUCUCCAAAAUCUUCUUUUACGGUUUCGUUCUUCAUGCAAACCAGAUAUAUCAUGGGUAGAAACAUCUUGAGAACCAAGCGUAAUCCGUCAGUUGCAAUACAAUCUAUUGCAGGUCAAGCUUUUAUAGGUAUAACAUUAGGUUCCAUGUUUUAUAAUUUGAGUGCUACUACAGAGACGCUCUAUUAUAGAUGUGCUACUUUGUUUGGUGCUGUUUUAUUCAAUGCUUUCUCUUCUAUAUUAGAGAUAAUGUCAUUAUUCGAAGCAAGACCUAUCAUUGAAAAACAUAAGCAAUAUGCAUUGUAUCGCCCAUCUGCUGAUGCUUUGGCUGGUAUCAUUACAGAGUUACCGACCAAACUUGCGCUGUCUAUUGCUUUCAAUUUCUUUAUCUACUUUUUGUCUAAUCUUAGACGUGAUGCAGGAAGGUUUUUCUUCUUCUGGUUAAUGUGUUGUAUGUGUACCUUGGUUAUGUCACAUUUAUUCAGGUCUUUGGGUGCUAUUUCGACAUCAUUCGCAGGAGCAAUGACACCAGCAACUGUGUUGUUAUUAGCAAUGGUUAUUUUUGCUGGUUUUGUCCUUCCUACUCCAAGUAUGUUAGGAUGGUCUAGAUGGAUUAAUUAUCUUAAUCCAAUAGCUUAUGUUUUUGAAGCCUUAAUGGCAAACGAAUAUACUGAUCGUGAUUUUGAAUGUUCACAAUUUGUUCCAUCUGGUCCAGGUUAUGAAGAUAGGAAUAGUGUUCAUCGCAUUUGUGCUGCGACUGGCAGUAAGGCUGGCUCAGAUGUUUUACAUGGAGAUGAUUAUUUAUCUGUUUCAUAUGAAUACUACAAUUUUCAUAAAUGGAGAAAUUUUGGUAUUACUGUCGGAUUCAUAAUAUUUUUUCUUUUUGUAUAUAUCACUUUAACUGAAUUCAACAAGGGUUCAAUGCAAAAGGGAGAAGUUGCAUUGUUUUUAAAGAGUUCAUUAACGGACCAAAAGAAGAAAUCUGGUAAAUCGGAGACAACCUCAAAAGAUAUUGAAAACUCUGCUAUUCCAGAUGAAAAGAUUUCGCAGAAGGAUCAAUUAGAAGCAAAUAAAGAAACCGAAACGGCUGAAAAAGCCUUACCAUCUUCCAAUGAUAUUUUCCACUGGAGAGAUUUAACGUACCAAGUUAAGAUUAAGUCUGAGGAUCGUGUUAUUUUGAAUCAUGUCGAUGGAUGGGUUAAACCAGGUCAAUUGACCGCUUUAAUGGGUUCAUCAGGUGCUGGUAAGACUACUUUAUUGAACUGUUUGUCCGAAAGAGUCACCACAGGUGUGAUCUCAGACGGUGUAAGAAUGGUGAAUGGACAUUCAUUAGACUCAUCGUUCCAAAGAUCUAUUGGAUAUGUUCAACAACAAGAUUUGCAUUUACCUACAUCCACUGUGAGAGAAGCGUUAAGAUUUUCAGCCCAAUUAAGGCAGCCAAACUCAGUAACAACCAAAGAGAAGAAUGACUACGUUGAAUACAUUAUUGAUUUAUUAGACAUGUACCCAUAUGCAGACGCAUUGGUUGGUGUUGCUGGAGAAGGUCUUAAUGUUGAACAACGUAAGAGAUUGACGAUUGGUGUUGAAUUAGUUGCUAAGCCAAAGUUAUUAUUAUUCUUAGAUGAACCUACUUCCGGGUUAGAUUCGCAAACAGCUUGGUCUAUUUGUAAGUUGAUGAGGAAGUUAGCGGAUCAUGGUCAAGCUAUUUUAUGUACUAUCCAUCAGCCAUCAGCACUUUUAUUACAAGAAUUUGACAGAUUAUUAUUCUUACAGAAGGGAGGUAAAACGGUUUACUUUGGAGACUUAGGUGAAAAUUGUCAGACUUUGAUUAACUAUUUUGAGAAGUACGGAGCACAUCACUGUCCAGAAGAAGCUAACCCAGCAGAAUGGAUGUUGCAGGUUGUUGGUGCUGCACCAGGUAGUCACGCCAAUCAGGAUUAUCACGAAGUUUGGAGAAGUUCAUCAGAAUACCAAGGCACACAAGCGGAAUUAGACAAUAUGGAACGUGAAUUAGUUAACUUACCUGUGGAUGAAUCUCCAGAGGCUAAGAAGUCAUAUGCUGCACCAAUUUGGAAGCAAUACCUCAUUGUUACUAAAAGAGUUUUCCAACAAAACUGGAGAUCUCCUACCUAUAUCUAUUCCAAAUUAUUUUUGGUUGUUUCUUCCGCUUUGUUUAACGGGUUUUCUUUCUUUAAGGCUGAUAGAUCUAUGCAAGGAUUACAAAACCAAAUGUUUGCUAUGUUUAUGUUUUUGAUUCCAUUCAAUACUUUGGUCCAACAAAUGUUACCAUAUUUCGUUAAACAGAGAGAUGUCUAUGAAGUCAGAGAAGCACCAUCCAAGACAUUUAGUUGGUUUGCUUUCGUUGCUGCUCAAAUUACGUCCGAAGUUCCAUACCAGAUCUUCUGCGGUACAAUCGCAUUCCUUUGUUGGUUCUAUCCUGUUGGUUUCUACCAAAAUGCAGUUCCUACUAAUUCUGUUGACCAACGUGCUGUCUUAAUGUGGAUGUACAUUUGUUCAUUUUAUGUCUACACUUCUACCAUGGGUCAAUUGUGUAUGUCUUUCAACGAACUCGCUGACAAUGCGGCCAAUUUAGCUACUUUGUUAUUCACAAUGUGUUUGAAUUUCUGUGGUGUCUUAGCUGGUCCAGAUGUCUUACCAGGAUUCUGGAUUUUCAUGUACAGAUGUUCUCCUUUCACUUAUUUCAUCCAAGGUAUGUUGUCAACCGGUUUAGCGAACACUAAUGCCGAAUGUUCUAAAGCUGAAUUCUUACACUUUAAGCCUAACGAAGGUCAAUCUUGUGGUGAAUACAUGUCUGAUUACAUCAAACAAGCAGGUGGUUAUUUGGUUGACGAAAAGGCUUCCUCUGAAUGUCAAUUUUGUCCAAUGGCUUCUACCAACGAUUUCUUAGCUAGUGUCAAUUCAUUCUACGAUGAAAGAUGGAGAAAUUGGGGUAUCUUUAUUUGUUUCAUCGCCAUUAACAUUAUUCUUACAAUUUUCUUCUACUGGUUAGCCAGAGUUCCAAAGGGUAACAGAGAAAAGAAGAAGAAAUAA